AUGGUCAAGGAGACAAAAUACUAUGACAUCCUAGGGGUUGACCCUACGGCCACAGAGGCUCAACUGAAAUCGGCUUACAAGAAAGGUGCCCUGAAACACCACCCAGCAGAUAAGAAUGCCCACAACCCAGAAGCGGCUGAAAAGUUCAAAGACCUUUCCAAAGCAUAUGAAGUCCUCUCCGACCCUCAGAAACGAAGCCUUUACGAUCAGUAUGGCGAAGAAGGUCUAGAACAAGGCGGCAUGGGAGGCGGUGGGAUGGCCGCAGAAGAUCUCUUUGCACAGUUCUUUGGCGGCGGAUCAGCCUUUGGAGGCAUGUUUGGAGGCGGCAUGCGCGACGCCGGCCCAAAGAAAGCCCGAACUAUCCACCAUGUCCACAAAGUGUCCCUCGAGGAUAUCUACCGUGGGAAAGUGUCCAAACUUGCCCUUCAAAAGUCGGUCAUCUGCCCGCAGUGUGACGGCCGUGGAGGCAAAGAAGGGGCGGUCAAGACCUGUACCGGUUGCAACGGUCAGGGCAUGAAGACUAUGAUGCGCCAAAUGGGCCCCAUGAUUCAACGGUUCCAGACCAUCUGUCCCGAUUGCCAGGGUGAGGGAGAAACUAUCCGUGACCGCGACCGAUGCAAACGUUGCAUGGGCAAGAAGACGGUGGUGGAACGUAAGGUCCUCCACGUCCAUGUCGACCGUGGCGUCAAGAGCGGCCACAAGAUUGAGUUUCGCGGUGAGGGUGAUCAGAUGCCGGGGGUCCUUGCAGGAGACGUCGUGUUUGAGAUCGAACAGAAGCCCCAUCCACGAUUCCAGAGGAAGGACGACGAUCUUUUCUAUCACGCUGAGAUUGAUUUGUUGACUGCUUUGGCCGGUGGUCAGAUUUAUAUUGAGCAUCUCGACGAUCGGUGGUUGACUGUCAACAUUUAUCCCGGCGAACCUAUCACUCCUGGAGCAAUCAAGGUGAUCAAGGGCCAAGGCAUGCCGUCAUUUAGACACCACGAUUUUGGCAACCUGUACAUUCAAUUCGACGUCAAAUUCCCAGAUAAGACACAACUCCAGAACCUCGAGCUCCUUGAGCAAGUCCUGCCGCCCCGCAUGCAACAGAAACUGCCACCUCCCGACGGCAUGGUAGAAGAUUUUGACCUUGAAGAUGUCGAUCCCCGUCAACAAGCACGUGCUCAUGGUGCCGCUGGCAUGGACGAAGAAGAUGAAGAUGGCAUCCCACCUGGAGCCGAGAGAGUUCAGUGUGCUUCCCAGUAA